UUGUUGGCAGCCGUUCAGUUAUGAGCAUGCAACCGCCACUGUCGUCUCUCCCAUACAUCUGAAGCAACCGAAACCAAUCGCCAUUGAAACUCAGCUUCCCCAUCUCUACACCUAAUGAACACGACCAAUUUGGACCCACAAAUGUCGCCCCUUUACUUAAUCUUUCACCUUCCCCGCGCUUUUCGCCAUUUCCAAAUUCCAAAAAACUCUGAUUCACUCAAUUUCAAUCGGAAUUGGAAGAGAGAAAGGGGGAAUCAACCACCUGCAAUUCCAUCUUCUUUUUCCCAAAAAUUGUGUCUGAUUCGUUUUUUUGUUGUCUCAAUUCUCUGAAAAUUUUCUCCCUUCGUUUUGUGCCCUAACUUCUACCCUCCGUCGUGAAGGGGUGAUCGAUUUCCCCCCUUCUCGAAUUUCAAACCCUUUUCUUCUGCCAAGGUUCAUCUGCGUCUCCCCGAAAUCUGUCGACUUUGUUUGAUGGGUUUUGGGGAGUCACAUUAAAUCUUAAAAUGGGUUGCAUCAAUUCAAAGCACGUUGCAAGGUCUUGUAAAUCCCCAAUUCGCGAUCAUUCAUUGCUCAUUCACGAUGAUGAUGAUCGAUCUUCGGCUUCUUCGUCUUCCACAAACUCGUCUGAUUCGUUAACGUUGCAGAAGUCUAAUAAUCAUUAUAAUUAUAAUCAUGGGUUUGAGCCAUUGGAGAAGAUCAAAGAGGAAACAGAAGAUGAUAAAACCAGUGUCGGAUCUGUUAGUGUUCGCGACAAUAUUCAGAAAAAUGGUGAUGAAUCUUUGAAUACACGUUCGUGUAGUAAGUUUUCAAAAAAAUUUGGGUUGAGUAGCAUUAGGUUUGGAAGAUCGGCGGCAGGUGAACAGGUUGCCGCCGGUUGGCCUGCUUGGCUUAGUGCUGUUGCCGGUGAUGCCAUUGAAGGUUGGGUGCCAUUGAAAUCCGAGAACUUUGAGAAGUUGGAUAAGAUCGGACAAGGUACAUACAGCAAUGUCUAUCGUGCUCGUGAUCUUCAAAGUGGUAAAAUAAUGGCACUAAAGAAGGUCAAAUUUGACAAUUUUCAACCCGAGAGUGUCAAGUUCAUGGCUCGAGAGAUCAAAAUUCUUCGAAAGCUUGAUCAUCCCAACGUCAUGAAAUUGGAAGGCAUAAUCACAUCUCGCUUAUCAUGCAGCAUAUAUCUCGUUUUUGAAUAUAUGGAACACGAUCUCGCCGGACUCUUAUCAUCUCCCGACGUCAAGUUUACUGCAUCCCAGAUUAAAUGUUAUAUGAUGCAGUUAUUGAAAGGAAUUGAUCAUUGCCAUUCACGAGGGAUAAUACAUCGCGACAUCAAAUCCUCCAAUAUUUUGGUCAAUAAUGAAGGUGUUUUGAAGAUUGCAGAUUUUGGUCUUGCGAAUUUCUAUGAUUCUAUGAGUAGGCAGCCAUUGACAAGCCGUGUGGUGACCUUGUGGUAUCGUCCUCCCGAACUUCUCUUAGGGUCAGCAAACUACGGGCCAUUUAUUGAUAUGUGGAGCAUUGGUUGUGUUUUUGGCGAACUUUUUGUUGGUAGACCAAUCCUCAAGGGGAGAACCGAGGUUGAACAAUUGCAUAAGAUAUUUAAGAUGUGUGGGACUCCUCCCGAUGAGUAUUGGACAAAAACCCGUCAUCCUCUUGCAGCAAUGUUUAAACCUCAAUUCACUUAUGAAAGCAGUCUACGCGAAAGGUGUAAAGAACUCCCAAGAACCGUAGUCGACCUUAUCGAUCAACUUCUUUGUGUAGAACCCGAGAAACGUGUCACUGCCAACUCCGCCCUCCAAGCCGAGUAUUUCUAUACCAAACCUUAUGCGUGUGAUCCUGCAAGCAUGCCUAAGUACCCCCCUAACAAAGAAAUGGAUGCAAAAUCCCGUGAGACAACACGAAGAAGAAAGUUGGCUGGGAGGGUUAGAUCUUCGGGGGGUUCAAGAAACCAUAGAAAAGUCCACGCAGGCGUUCCUGAGGGUCCAUAUCACAUGAGGUCACGAGAAUACGUUCGUCCAAACGCAUCAUACAACACCUUGUCGGAAGCAUCACAAAUGACCGAAACUUUACAAGACGAUAGUAUUUGUACACACUCGGCUCAAUCUACCUCAUCGGAUGGUAGCUUUAUGUAUGCAACAAAAAGGAGAAAUCUUGAAAAAAGGCAUUCUAUGCAAAGAAUAGAUUCUUUAUACUCUAGUGAAGUAUACAAGCCCGAGGAGUUAUUAUCAUCGGAACGUAAAGAACAAGAAAGGUUUAGACACAUGGGACCGAUGCUAAUUCAAUUGCGUAAGCAAAACGAAUAUUACAGUCGUGAUGGUAUUCGUAGAUCGCGGUUUUCUAAAGAUUCAGACUUUUAUUAAUGGAAGCGUGAUGCCGUUUAGAUAAAGGUUGUACCUUGUGCUUGAAUGAUUGUAAGAGAGGAGGGUAAGACAGGAAGGCAGAGGAGAAGGGUAGAAGAGACAUUUCGAAUUGAAGGCAACAUGGGAUUGAAUAGAUGGAACGAUGCUCCAUAUCUAAUUAUCUAUGGAGUUCAAUUUUGUUUGAAUCUCAAACUAUACCCCUUUCUUUCAAUCCCUAAAUGUGGGUGUUUGUAUAUUCUUUACCAUUUCUAUAUCGAAAGAAAAUUAAAAGAAAA